ACGAAGAUGAAGAAGAUACACUUGAGAAACCUCGAGACUAACGAAACCAUAACUUUCGAGUUUUCCGAUGAGUGCACUCUCCAUGAUCUCCAGCUAAAGAUCAAAGAACCGUCUCCUUCCUCUGUUCGUUUAUCGAUUCAUCUCAACGACGAGCUCCUCGAGGUUUCGUCUCAGGCUACGCUCCAAUCACUCGGCGUGAAGUCCGGUGAUAUCAUCUCUUACUCUCUCGAUUCCUCUGACUGUAGUGCUGUUGUUCCGAAAUCGGAAACGAAUCAUCAGGCGACUGAAGCGGCAGAGUCCGGUUCUGUUCCGAGAAGCCAGAAUGAAGCAGAGGCAGAAGAGCUUGGCGGCAUGAAUCUCUCCGGUUUAAAAAGGUUAAGCGAACCUCUCUUCUUGAAAAAGAUAUUGAUGGAGAAAUGUGGUGACACUUGGGAAUUGACAACUGUGGUUAUGACUGUUCAUGCUGUUAUGUUAGAAUCUGGAUUUGUGUUGUUCGGUCCUGAUUUAGGUUUGCCUUUUAGCUUUGCGGAUGUGAAUGAAGUCUCGUUAAAGUAUACUCUGCCAUCUUCGGUUAUUGCUAGUGGAAGUGAAGUAGUCAUCACUCUGAAGUUUGAGAAUUUAGGUGAUGUUGAAGUUUAUGGAUAUCUUAAUGAGGAGAUGUUGGUGGAUAAGGUGUCCGUUAAUAAAAGUAGCUAUAUGCAUGCUGCUGAUUUGCUUAUGGAAACUUCGGAAUCCGACAAUGAAGAUACUUUGCGCGUCCACCACCGUGAGGUUCGAGUGUGGUGGAGAAGGAUAAAAGAUUGUAUUGUCACGCCUCUCUUGGUUGAUCUCUGCUACAAACUUGGCUUAGAACUUCCACCUUGCUUUGUGAUCCUACCUCGAGAGCUAAAACACAAGAUACUAGAGCAGCUUCACGGUGUGGACAUUGCGGCAUUGGCCUGUGUUUCUACUGAACUGCGAGAACUGACUUCAUCAGACAAUGAAUUGUGGAAGCAGAAAUGUUUGGAAGUGUGUAAAGAUCUUGUGAGAGGAGGCAAUGAUGAGGUUAACUGGAAGGAGAGGUUUGCUGGUUAUUGGAGGCAACAUGGAAAAUUUUCUAUGAUAAGAGCCAGGGCCAUUGAAAGUUGUUUUCAGAUAACAAGGAUUUUUGGAAGCUUCGGUCGUGGACGAGGAUACUACUAAAAGGCUGAGAGAUAAAGAAAGAGUCCCUGACUGAAUCAGGUGGAGAUGUGAAUGUUGUUUGUAUUCAAAUCUUGAAAAUAUGCAAUUUUAAAAUUUUAGGAUUGUGUAAAGAGCAUUUCAAACUUAUAUUAUACUUCUUCUUCUUCUUCUUCUUCUUCUUCUUCUUCUUCUUCUAGUGCUCAAGAAUGAGAUUGUUUGUAUCGGAUUUUGCAGAGAGAGUAUACUGAAACUGAUGAGUUGUUGAAGUUCA